CCUCCACCUUCGGAAUCGCCAGAUGACGAGUCGCACAGCCAGAGUCUCCCACAGGAUCCACCGAGCAGUACCUCCACUGCUGAGAAGCCUUCUACAGAACACAAAGCUGGCACCACAGCGACGGACACAGCGCAGUCGCCAUCGGAACCAUCGGAGAAGGCGACAUCUGCAGAAUCCAUCGAGAACAAUGGUCCCAACACCCUGCGUGAUGUCCGGAGUGCGGACAGCAGCGUCAGCCCUGCGUGGGUGCGUACACCGCUGCUGCUGGUGGUUGGUGUGCUGGGCCUCCUGGCUGUGUGCUGA